GCCAUAGCCUGUCACAGCUACGCCUGCGUACAAGUCGCUCUGUGCGCCUGCGCAGACUCCUCAGUCUUGGGUGAGUGUCGUCAAGGAAAAUCCCCAGCUUCUGGGUAAACAAGCUGCCGCGUGAGCCCGCCUGCACGUGUUCCCAACAUCUCCGAGACCUCGCAGCCUAUGAGAAAGUUUUUAGGGCAGUGCUGGCAUUUGCGUCACCGACUUAAACAGGGCGGGGUCUUUUUCACAGCCAAUAAAAACUUUAGGAGUGGGCGAGGGGCGUGGCUUCCGGUCAGAUGUCCAAUCAAUGCGCUGGGGCGCCCCCUCCCUCACGUGGCUCUAUCUCUACCGGUUGUCAUGUUGUCCAAUAGGACGAUGACUGCGGUCUGAAGUGCCAAUGGUGACUUUGCGGGGGCUAGUCGGCUGCACGCGGAGCGGGGCAUGGGUUGGCGCCUCUGAGCCAAUAAGCUUGGAAGGCGUGACGGAACGGGCGGUGGGAGGGCCCGGAGGAGCCUGUGGAGUAGCUACCCAACGACCGCAGUAGUGAAGAAAUUUGUAUUCUGCGUGCGCUCGGAACUGUGCUGUGAUUAAAUUAGCCAGGCAUCCUACCUCCCUUAUCCAGGCCUCAAAAGCCCUGUCGUGUACCUGUGGUGGCCUCUUUACCUUCCCUGUUUUGUCCUCUGCUGUAUGGCCCAGACAUGAGCUGUCCCCUAGAAGGGGCCGAUGGGGGAGGGGACCCCAGGCCCGGAGAACCUUUUUGCCCUGGAGGAGUCCCAUCCCCUGGGGCCUCGCAGCACCGGCCUUGUCCAGGCCCCAGCCUGGCUGAUGACACUGAUGCAAACAGCAAUGGCUCAAGUGGCAAUGAAUCCAAUGGGCACGAGUCCAGGGGCGCAUCUCAGCGGAGCUCUCACAGCUCCUCUUCUGGCAACGGCAAGGACUCAGCCCUUCUGGAGACCACUGAGAGUAGCAAGAGCACGAACUCUCAGAGUCCGUCCCCACCCAGCAGCUCCAUUGCCUAUAGCCUCCUGAGUGCAAGCUCAGAGCAGGACAACCCGUCUACCAGCGGCUGCAGCAGUGAGCAGUCAGCUCGAGCCAGGACCCAGAAGGAACUCAUGACUGCACUGCGGGAGCUCAAACUUCGGCUGCCACCAGAGCGUCGGGGCAAGGGCCGCUCCGGGACCCUGGCCACGCUCCAGUAUGCCCUGGCCUGUGUUAAGCAGGUGCAGGCUAACCAGGAGUAUUACCAGCAGUGGAGCCUGGAGGAGGGUGAGCCUUGUGCCAUGGACAUGUCCACGUACACGCUGGAGGAACUGGAGCACAUCACGUCUGAGUACACGCUUCGAAACCAGGACACCUUCUCUGUGGCCGUGUCCUUCCUGACGGGUCGGAUUGUCUACAUCUCGGAGCAGGCAGGCGUCCUGCUGCGUUGCAAGCGGGAUGUGUUCCGAGGUGCCCGCUUCUCAGAGCUCCUAGCUCCCCAGGAUGUGGGUGUCUUCUAUGGCUCUACCACACCGUCUCGAUUGCCCACCUGGGGCACCGGCGCCUCUGCAGGCUCCGGCCUCAAGGACUUCACCCAGGAAAAGUCUGUCUUCUGCCGAAUCAGAGGAGGUCCUGACCGGGAUCCAGGGCCUCGGUACCAGCCAUUCCGCCUAACCCCAUACGUGACCAAGAUUCGGGUCUCAGAUGGGGCCCCUGCACAGCCGUGCUGCCUCCUCAUUGCAGAGCGCAUCCACUCUGGUUAUGAAGCUCCCCGCAUCCCUCCCGACAAGAGGAUCUUUACCACCCGCCACACACCCAGCUGCCUCUUCCAGGAUGUAGAUGAAAGGGCUGCCCCACUGCUGGGCUACCUGCCCCAGGAUCUCCUGGGUGCUCCAGUGCUCCUCUUUCUGCACCCUGAGGACCGGCCCCUCAUGCUGGCCAUUCAUAAAAAGAUUCUGCAGCUGGCAGGCCAGCCCUUUGACCAUUCCCCUAUUCGAUUUUGCGCUCGGAAUGGGGAAUAUGUCACCAUGGACACCAGCUGGGCCGGUUUUGUGCACCCCUGGAGCCGCAAGGUGGCCUUCGUAUUGGGCCGCCAUAAAGUCCGCACGGCGCCCCUGAACGAGGACGUGUUCACUCCCCCGGCCCCCAGCCCGGCUCUGUCCCUGGACCCUGAUAUACAGGAGCUAUCAGAGCAGAUCCACCGGCUGCUCCUGCAGGUGAGCGCUCAGGAAGACCUCAGGACGAGGUGCUCAGGAAGCCAGCCGGGUACAGAGACUAACCAGUCGCCCUCCUUGCUGCAGCCUGUGCACAGCUCCAGCCCCACAGGGCUCUGUGGAGUUGGUCCUUUGAUGUCCCCUGGUCCUCUACACAGCCCUGGCUCCUCUAGUGAUAGCAAUGGGGGCGACGCUGAGGGGCCUGGUCCUCCUGCUCCAGUGACUUUCCAGCAGAUCUGUAAGGACGUGCACUUGGUGAAGCACCAGGGACAGCAGCUCUUCAUCGAGUCCCGGGCCAAGCCUCCUCCCCGGCCCCGUCUCCCUGCUACGGGUGCAUUCAAGGCCAAAGUCCUUCCCUGCCAGUCCCCAAACCCCGAGCUGGAGGUGGCCCCUGCUCCUGACCAAGCGCCACUAGCAUUGGCCCCUGAGGAGCCAGAGAGGAAAGAAGCCUCCAGCUGUUCCUACCAGCAGAUCAACUGCCUGGACAGCAUCCUCAGGUACCUGGAGAGCUGCAACAUUCCCAGUACAACCAAGCGUAAAUGUGCCUCCUCCUCUUCCUACACGGCCUCUUCAGCCUCUGAUGACGACAAGCAGAGGGCCGGUCCAGUUCCUGUGGGGGCCAAGAAAGAUCCGUCGUCAGCAGUGCUGUCUGGGGAGGGGGCCACUCCUCGGAAGGAGCCAGUGGUGGGAGGCACCCUGAGCCCGCUCGCCCUGGCCAAUAAGGCGGAGAGCGUGGUGUCCGUCACCAGUCAGUGUAGCUUCAGCUCCACCAUCGUCCAUGUGGGAGACAAGAAGCCCCCGGAGUCGGACAUCAUCAUGAUGGAAGACCUACCCGGCCCGGCCCCCGGCCCGGCCCCCAGCCCGGCCCCCAGCCCCACAGUAGCCCCUGACCCAGCCCCAGAUGCGUAUCGACCAGUGGGUCUGACCAAGGCCGUGCUGUCCCUGCACACACAGAAGGAAGAGCAAGCCUUCCUCAGCCGCUUCAGAGACCUUGGCAGGCUUCGUGGACUUGACAACUCUUCUGUGGCCCCCUCAGCCCCUGGCGAGCGAGGCUGCCACCAUGGCCCCAUGCCCCCGGGUCGCCGACACCACUGCCGAUCUAAAGCAAAGCGUUCUCGCCAUCACCCGACCCCCCGGCCCGAAACUCCCUGCUAUGCCCCCCUUCCUUCACCUGUGCCCUCUUCUGGACCCUGGCCACCCCCAGCAGCCACCACUCCUUUCCCAGCAGUGGUUCAGCCCUAUCCACUCCCAGUGUUUUCCCCUCGAGGGGGACCCCAGCCUCUUCCUCCGGCCCCCACAUCUGUGCCCCCUGCUACUUUUCCUUCUCCCUUAGUAACCCCAAUGGUGGCCUUGGUGCUCCCUAACUAUCUGUUCCCUACUCCGCCUAGCUAUCCAUACGGGGUCUCCCAGGCCCCUGUUGAGGGGCCACCCACGCCUGCUUCGCAUUCACCUCCUCCAUCCCUGCCUCCACUGCCCUCUAGCCCCCCACACCGCCCAGACUCCCCACUGUUCAACUCAAGAUGCAGUUCCCCACUCCAGCUCAAUCUACUGCAGCUUGAGGAGUCCCCCCGCAACGAGGCGGGUACUGCUGCAGGGGCCCCUGGGAGCAGUGCUGGGCCCCUGCCUCCCAGUGAGGAGGCUGCUGAGCCAGAGGCCAGACUGGUGGAGGUCACAGAGUCCUCCAAUCAGGACGCACUUUCAGGCUCCAGUGACCUGCUGGAGCUACUGCUUCAGGAAGAUUCUCGCUCUGGCACCGGUUCUGCAGCCUCGGGCUCCCUGGGCUCUGGCCUGGGCUCUGGGUCUGGUUCCGGAUCCCACGAAGGGGGGAGUACCUCAGCCAGCAUCACUCGCAGCAGUCAGAGCAGCCACACAAGCAAGUACUUUGGCAGCGUCGACUCUUCAGAGGCGGAGGCUGGGGCUGCUCAGGCCAGGACUGAGCCUGGGGACCAGGUCAUUAAGUAUGUGCUCCAGGACCCCAUCUGGCUGCUCAUGGCCAAUGCUGACCAGCAUGUGAUGAUGACAUACCAGGUGCCCUCCAGGGACGUAGCCUCUGUGCUGAAGGAAGACCGAGAGAGGCUCCGGGCCAUGCAGAAGCAGCAGCCGCGCUUCUCAGAGGACCAGCGCCGCGAGCUGGGUGCUGUGCACUCCUGGGUCCGGAAGGGCCAGCUGCCUCGGGCCCUUGAUGUGAUGGCUUGUGUGGACUGUGGAAGCAGCAUCCAAGAUCCUGGCCACUCGGAUGACCCACUCUUCUCAGACCUGGAUGGAUUGGGGCUGGAGCCCAUGGAGGAGGGUGGAGGCGAGGUGGGUGGGGGUGGGGGUGGUGGGGAGCCCCAGACCCAAAGUGGGGCUAAGGGUUCAAGCUCUCAGGACUCUGCCAUGGAGGAGGAAGAGCAAGGCGAGAGCCCAUCAAGCCCGGCUUUGCCAGCAGAAGGAAGCGGCACCAGCUAGACUCCAUGUUGGGGCCACUUGCCACAGUGUCUGAGAGGCUUCCUUUCAUCCACGCUGAGGUUCUUAGAACUCAAGAUGUGGCUGAGCCAACCAAUAGGAAACUGCCCAGCUUCUCCCAACACAGGGGGCAGGACCCCCCCAGUACCAGUUCAGGACCCAGGAGCUGCCUCUAGCCUCUUAGCAGAGAGUGGACGAUUUUCAGCCCGAUUUGGAGGGUUGUUAGCUCCCACCCUGCAGAGGAGACUUUUCCUCAUCUGGUUAAGAUUGCUGACAAGCUGCUGACGUGGUCUCUCCAAAUCCCAGCUGAGCCCGAGUCCCAGGCGGAGAGUUGGGGUUGCACUUAUUUAUUGGGGGAGACAGCUCACUCUCCCACCUCAUCCCAAGAUGGGAGGAGGGGAGCCUGGGGUCCAUGUAGGAUCCAGGGGUUCUGAACCCCUAGCUGCUCCAAGGGGGAGGUUGGUGGACCAUGGAGUCCCUGGUGCUGCCCCUCAGGUGGGACCCAGGUGUUCUCAGCUCUACCCUCUACCAAUGGCAUUUGUGUUUUUGAUAUUGUGUCUGUUAUUAUUUUUUUUAAUACAAAAUGGAAAACCAAAGACUUUGUGAAA